CUCUCUGAUUUUUCUCCCGUUCUUCGCCGAAACAAGUCGUCGCUCGCUCUCUCGCGCGGAUCGCCAUCGAUGGAUCGGCUCCAACUUCUCCUCGUAGGUUUUCCCAUCCUCCUCUUCUUCUCCGACGUCGUCAAUCUCUUCUCCGCCCCGCCUCCACCGCCUCCUCCCAAACACUCCUCGCGCCUCCACCACCACCACCAUCAACACCCGCCUCACGUCCAUACCCAGAUCCCCGAUUUCCCCACCAACUCGCAGACUCCCCUGAUCGGCGGGCUUGGUUAUGGCACUAGGGUUGACCUGAAGUUCUGUGUUUCCUGUUCUUACAAGGGUACUGCAAUGACAAUGAAGAAAAUGCUGGAAACCUUUUUUCCUGGGAUUGACGUAGUAUUAUCUAAUUACCCACCAGCUUUCCCAAAGCGCGUGCUGAGCAAAGUUGUUCCUGUUCUUCAAAUAGGAGUUGUUGCAGUUAUAGCAGCAGGUGAUCAGAUAUUCCCUAGAUUAGGCAUGGUUCCACCACCAUGGUACUAUACUUUGCGUGCCAAUAGAUUUGGCUCCAUGGCGUCAGCAUGGCUACUUGGCAAUUUCUUGCAAUCCUCUCUGCAGAGUUCUGGUGCAUUUGAAGUUUAUUGUGAUGGUGCAUUGGUCUUCUCGAAACUGCAAGAGCAGAGAUUCCCCAGCGAGUAUGAGCUGAAGGACUUAAUUGAAAAGAGACUACCUGGUUCUUCAUUUGGAAGCAACCCCGGAAGAGUUGUAUUGUAAUGAUUCUUGCAUACAAUAACCGCCUGAUCGAGAAGGGCCAAAACUCACUAAUGUGGAUGUAACAUAAAUUCUCGACUUCAGAGAUUUAUCACGCUACUGCAUAAUGUUAGUUUCUUACACUUGUUUCUAUUCUGGAAUAAUUGUUUA